CUUAUGACCAAAAACCCCCUAUAGAUAGGCGGACCGUUGGAACUUUAAAGGGAUAUACAACUCAUAGGUAUAUAACAAUAUAUUAAUGUUGACGUCAUCAAAAGAGCACAAAAGAGUUAAGGCUUUUAUUCAGCGCCGGAAAUGACUGCGUUUCAGACUGAUUGAGCCGCCUGUGUGAAUGGGAAGAGCUGAUAAUGUCAAAACUUUCUUUAGGAAGAAAGACGUCCUCUGGAAAAUUAAGCAGCUGGGUCCAACCAUCCUUCGGUGAUUUUUUCGCCGGCUCCGGCUUGAACAGCGUCCCGUCGUCGAAGGGACUUUCCGGAGAAAGCAAGUCCAAAGCGCGAUCCUCGAGCACGGACGUCGGCGGCAAGAAGCCAAAGAAGAGAAAGGGGGAGCCUCAGAGUUCUAAACCUGAGCCUGGCAUCUUCUCAAACAGACAAGGAUCGCAGGAUGAACCCUGGGUGGACGUGCAUUCGCCCCAGACACAGGCUGAACUGGCAGUCCACAAGAAGAAAGUGGAGGAAGUGGAGACUUGGUUGAAGGAUCAUUUGGACACAAAGAGUGGUAACAAGGGCGGAUCGGUUCUGGUACUGACCGGCCCGUCCGGCUGCGGGAAAACGGCCACGCUUCAUGUCCUGGCUAAAGACUCAUCCUGUCACAUCCAAGAAUGGACGAACCCGACUACGGCGGAGUACAGGACGGACGAGUCGUUCAGGGACAGCUUCGAUCCAGCCUCCAGGUUUAACAGCUUCCACAGCAGCUCACAAACGGCAGCAUUCCAGGAGUUUCUGCUCCGAGCCAACAAAUACAACCGGCUGCAGAUGAGCGGAGACGAUGCAGGGGCUCCGGAGAGGAAGAUCGUCCUCGUAGAGGACUUUCCAAACCAGUUCUACAGACAGCCAGGAUGCUUGCACGAUAUCCUCAGGCGUUACAGGCGGACAGGGAGGUGCCCCCUGGUCUUCAUCGUCUCCGACAGCCUGAGCGGAGACACCAGUUCCAGACUUCUCUUCCCCAAAGAUGUGCAAGAGGAGCUGAGCAUCCAUAGCAUUAGUUUUAACCCAGUAGCCCCCACCAGCAUGAUGAAGGUUCUGAGCAGGAUCGCGACUCUGGAAGCGAGCAAGAGCGCUGGGAGGAACUCGGUACCCGAUAAGGCGACGCUUGAGCAGCUGUGCUCCGGAAGUUCGGGAGACGUCCGGAGCGCCAUCAACAGCCUGCAGUUCUUCUCGUACACCGGCGCAGACUUCUCGCUGGAACAGAGCCUCUGGGCAUCUAAGAAGGGGAAAUCUUCCACAGCCGCAUCCAAACCCAGAUCCAAAGGCAGGGGCCGGCCCGCGAAAGCCAGCACCGCCCUGGAGGAGAGCCCCGCGAUCGGCGGGAAAGACGCAUCCCUCUUCCUGUUCCGGGCGCUCGGGAAAAUCCUCUACUGCAAGCGAGAAAGCUACGAAGAAGGUGACGUUCCUGAGCUCCCAGCUCAUCUUUCUGAGCACCAGAGGGAUAAACUGCUGGUUGAUCCUGAGCUUGUUAUCGAGCGCUCUCACAUGUCAGGCGAGUUCUUUAACCUCUACCUGCACCAGAACUACGUGGACUUUUUCUCAGACGUGGAGGACGUGGCACGGGCCAGCGAGUAUCUCUCAGACGCUGACUUCCUGACAGCCGAAUGGACUUCCAGGUCCACCAUGCUGGGGUACGGAUCCUCAGUGGCCACCAGAGGGCUGAUCCACUCGAACGCCGCCCGCGCUCAGGCUGCCCACCAGUCGUCCGUCGGCUUUAAGCCACUUCACAAGCCGCACUGGCUGCAUAUCAAUAAGACGUUCCGAGAGAACUACCUGACGGCCCAGUCGCUCUUCAUCAGCUUCUGUCUGACUCCUGUGAGCCUCGUGACAGAGUUAGUGCCCUACUUGGCCAAGCUCAGCAACCCUAUGAGGAAUCAGGCUCAGAUAACCUUUAUCCAGGAUGUUGGCCAUCUGUCCCUCAGGAGAUUCCCCGGCAGAUUGCAGCUUGAAGCACUUGGUGAUAAAGACCCCGGUCUGCUGGACCUGGACAGCGAUCACGAGGACACAGGAACUAAGAGCACUGAACCUAGCACUCAAAACCCUCUGUCGGGAGAAACCAUUGCUGUUCCCACCCUCCCAAACAGCCAGGAGCCAGGGGGUGACCUCCCCGCCAGCCAGCCCCAACCAACCACCUCUCAGGCUUUAUUGGAUGAGGAGGACCUUCUAAUAGAGGAGUAUGACAGUGACUGAUGGAGGGAAAAAAAGUCACUCCUGUUUUUCUCCACAUCCUGCACCAUAGUUGCCUUGAGAAGAUCCGGUUUAGGUUUCACUGCCCUCUUUUUGCGGAUGGUUUUAUAAUGUGAAUAAUGAGGUGGUUUAAUAUUUAUUUGGUUCCGCACAAACCAUUGUGUUUGUGUGUACGUCUGUACUUCUUGGUUCCUAUCAGACUCAUAGGGACAUACAGGAAGUGAGUGUUGUUAUUUGUUUUGAAUGAAAAAGCAUUUGGACUUUGCUGUAAUUCUUUUUCAGUAUACAGAAUAAUAUAAUUCUGAUGUGUCCUUUAAUACGUGCCACACUGGAGUAGGCAAUAAAAUUUAUGUUUUGCAA